AUGGACUACAUCCGGGAAUUCGACAUCCGCCUGGAGAAGGAGAUGUACUACGCGGGGGAGACGCUGCAGGGGCAGGUCAUCCUCAACACGGUAGAGAACUUCAAGCUGAGAGCCAUCAGGGUCGUGCUGAGAGGCAAGGCGCACGCGGAGUGGAAGGUGGUCGUCUCGGGAGAUCGGCGCACGGUGAAGGACGACCAGUACUUCAUCGACGACAGGACGACCAUAUGGGGGAAAGACAAACCUGAAGGAAAUGUUCCGAUUCUGCCUCGAGGAUACCACACUUUCCCAUUCAAAUUCCAGUUGCCUGAGAGCUCCCUGCCGUGUUCGUUUGAGAGCAAGAGUGGCACAAUACGAUACUACAUAAAGGUCACGGUGGAUAUUCCUUACGCGUCGCCUCCUCAGGGCAUGAAAUACUUCACGAUCAUCGGGCCGCACAUUGACUGCAUGGACGAACAGUACCUGAAACCGAUGGUAGGACACGACAAGCGCUCCCUCUGUUGCCUCUGUUGCAAAAGAGGGCCCGUGUCCCUCAGAACGCAGCUGGAAAGGACGGCCUACGUGUGCGGCGAAAGCAUCAAGCUCAAAGCUGACAUUGACAACCAGAGCGAGGAGGAGAUUAAGCUGAAACUUAAGCUUGUACAGUACGUGGAAUACUUCAUAGACCGGGGAGUCCUGGGCGUGACGAAGGACAUCCAGCACCCAGUCCUCGAGUACACGGGAGACGCUGUUCCUGCCGGGACGAGGUGGAAGUUCGACUCGUCCCACAGCCUGGUCGUGCCUGUCAUGCCGCCGACGUUGGUGGGCGUGUGUAGACUGAUGCAGAUUUACUACGUGCUUAAGGUUAACAUUCAGAUGAGCAGAUCUGGCGAGGAUUUACACAUGCACUUUCCGAUCACCAUCGCCACCGUGCCGUUCCGGAUCCCCAACUCUACCCACCAGCCCAACAUCACUUACAGCGUGUGCUGCGACCACGUGGAGGGCGGCCUUUACAUCGGCCCCGAGUUCCAGCUGGGCCAAGUCUACGACGGCGGCGUCGACAAGAACGCCGAGUCGGUGCUGCUGUACCGCCCCGUCUACGCCUGCAUCCCCAACCCCAAGCUCAACAACACGCCCUCCGCCCGCGCCCGCCUGCUGGUGGAGCCCAAGGCGGAGACCGGGCCUGCUGGGGGGGCGGCCGCGGGCAAGAAGAACGCCAAGAGGGCAUCGGCGGGGGACGCGGGGGACAAGACGUCGACCAUGUGA